AUCAAUCCAUAUAUACCAGCACAUACUUACAUCCAGUCAUCAUUUAGUGUACAUUAGCAAGAAUAACAUUAACCUUCCUCUACCUGUCAUGACAUGAACCAUAUGUGUAUACAUGUACCACACAAUAAGCUGACAACAGCCUACACAGGGAAUCAUAUGUUUGACUGUAAGAUACAAUGAACUAGCACAUGAUAGACAAGAGGACAUGAUAGGCAAUGUGCUUAAGUACAUGCUUUAUAGUGAUCAGUAUUAAGUAUAGACUGAGUAAUUGCAUAUAUAUAUUACUAUUUGAUAUACAAUAUUCACUAGGUCAGUACAGUGUUCUUAGAGCUAGUGAUGAUGAUGAUACUCCCCCACCAGUACCAGCCUAUAAUCCUAAUGGAGUACAAGAAUACUCUGAACUGAAGAGAGAGGGAGAGAAAAAGAAUAAACAACAACAACAACAACAACAAGGAGGUGGUCCACUUUAUUCAACACUCAAUCAAGACGAUGAUACUCCUCCUCCUGUCCCUCCUGCCUAUAAUCCUGAGGGAGUACAGGAAUACUCUGUAUUGAGGAGAGAGGGAGAGAAUAAGGGUCAACAGGGUCUGUCUACUGGUGCUACUGGACUAUAUUCAACCAUUAAUAAAAACACCAACAACCAG